GGCGCAGGAGCUGGAGUUCUGGGGCGGGGUUGGCUAGGUAGGGUCGGGCGCUGGAGGGUGGCCGGCACGUGCAAAGCGGCUUUGCGCUGGGGAGCCCCGCGGCACAGAGGAGGAAGACGCAGGAAGGAUAAAAGAUUGCUGGGACGAUCAGGAAGCACCUGCGCUCUCCACGUGUAGCAAUGCCAAUAUCUUUAGAAGGAUAAAUGCCAUAUUGGAUAAUUCUCUGGAUUUCAGUAGAGUCUGCACUACACCUGUAAAUCGAGGAAUCCAUGAUCAUUUGCCAGACUUCCAGGACUCUGAAGAAACAGUUACAAGCAGGAUGCUUUUCCCCACCUCUGCGCAAGAUUCUUCCCGUGGCCUCCCAGAUGCAAAUGACUUGUGCCUUGGCCUGCAGUCCCUCAGUCUCACAGGCUGGGACCGACCCUGGAGCACCCAGGACUCAGAUUCUUCAGCCCAGAGCAGCACACACUCAGUAUUGAGCAUGCUCCACAAUCCAUUGGGCAGUGUCCUGGGGAAACCCCCCUUGAGCUUCCUGCCUCUGGACCCCCUUGGAUCUGACUUGGUGGACAAGUUUCCAGCACCCUCCGUUAGAGGAUCCCGCCUGGACACCCGGCCCAUCCUGGACUCCCGUUCUAGCAGCCCCUCUGACUCAGACACCAGUGGCUUCAGCUCUGGAUCAGAUCAUCUCUCAGAUUUGAUUUCAAGCCUCCGAAUUUCUCCUCCCCUGCCCUUCCUGUCUCUGACGGGGGGUGGUCCCAGAGACCCUUUAAAGAUGGGGGUUGGGUCCCGGCUGGACCAAGAGCAAGCUGCUCUGGCUGCAGUCACGCCCUCCCCAACCAGCGCAUCAAAGAGAUGGCCAGGAGCUUCUGUGUGGCCGUCCUGGGACCUCCUUGAAGCCCCCAAAGACCCCUUCAGCAUAGAGAGAGAGGCCAGGCUACACAGGCAAGCUGCAGCUGUGAAUGAAGCCACCUGUACCUGGAGUGGCCAGCUUCCUCCCCGGAACUACAAGAACCCCAUCUACUCUUGCAAGGUGUUCCUAGGAGGUGUCCCUUGGGAUAUUACGGAAGCUGGAUUGGUUAACACCUUCCGUGUUUUUGGCUCUUUGAGUGUGGAGUGGCCUGGUAAGGAUGGCAAGCACCCCCGGUGUCCUCCCAAAGGGUAUGUAUAUCUGGUCUUCGAACUAGAGAAGUCUGUCCGGGCCUUGCUUCAGGCUUGCUCUCAUGACCCGCUGAGCCCAGAUGGCCUGAGUGAAUAUUACUUCAAGAUGUCCAGCCGGAGGAUGCGCUGCAAGGAGGUACAAGUGAUCCCCUGGGUCUUGGCCGACAGCAACUUUGUUCAGAGCCCAUCUCAGAGACUUGACCCCAGCAGGACGGUGUUUGUUGGUGCUCUGCACGGGAUGCUGAAUGCCGAGGCCCUGGCAGCCAUUCUGAACGACCUAUUUGGUGGUGUGGUGUAUGCUGGGAUUGACACAGAUAAGCACAAGUAUCCCAUUGGGUCUGGUCGCGUGACUUUCAAUAACCAACGUAGUUACCUGAAAGCAGUCAGUGCUGCUUUUGUGGAGAUCAAAACCACCAAGUUCACCAAGAAGGUUCAGAUUGACCCCUACUUAGAAGAUUCUCUGUGUCAUAUCUGCAGUUCUCAGCCUGGUCCUUUUUUCUGUCGAGAUCAGGUGUGCUUCAAGUACUUCUGCCGGAGCUGCUGGCACUGGCGGCACAGCAUGGAGGGCCUGCGCCAUCACAGCCCCCUGAUGCGGAACCAGAAGAACCGAGAUUCCAGCUAGAGGAGCUGGCCUUGCCCAGUGGCCUGUGGCGCCUGAGGCUGGCAGGUCAGGCAGUAGCCUGCACCACCCUGCUGCCACUGGCCACCAGGGAGCUGGCUUCCCGAGGACAAGGGAAAAUCGUAGUCACCUUUGCACUUGCUGAAUCUGUCUUUGUUUCUGCACUAAUUAAUGCACAAUGAGUUUUGUCGGAUUUUGUUUUCAGGGGGUGUACCAGGGCAAGGACCCUUAGGCUCACCCUCCAAGCGACUCUGUAGUUUUCCCAGAUUUUAGUUCCUCAUUUUGCCGAUGAAAAAGCAAAAAAGAACUACGUGUCCAGAAGGUAUUGACACGAUGCCUACAUCUAGGUUUAUUUAUUAAAAGCGCUUUUUUACAUUCCUUGCAAUACUGAUGGUGAUGAUGUGCAGGUCUCAUUGGUUUCAUUCUUGCAGUUGCCAUACAGUGCCUUUCCAUUUAUUUAACCCCCACCUGAACGGCAUAAACUGAGUGUUCAGCUGGUGUUUUUUACUGUAAACAACAAGGAGACUUUGCUCUUCAUUUAAACCAAAAUCAUAUUUCAUAUUUUACGCUCGAGGGUUUUUACCGGUUCCUUUUUACACUCCUUAAAACAGUUUUUAAGUCGUUUGGAACAAGAGAUUUUUUUUUCUUUCCUGGCAGCUUUUAACAUUAUAGCAAAUUUGUGUCUGGGGACUGCUGGUCACUGUUUCUCAGAGUUGCAAAUCAAGGCAUUUGCAACCAAGAAAAAAAAUUUUUUUUGGAUUUGAAACUGGACCGGAUAAACGGUGUUUGAGUGGCUGCUGUAUAUAGUUUUAAAUGGUUUAUUGCACCUUCUUAAGUUGCACUUACUUGGGGGGGGAGGGUUGAUAGAAGUUUUUAAUCACAAAGUCACAGGACUUUUUUCUUUUGUAACUGAGCUAAAAAGGGCUGCUUUUUGGUGGGGGCAGAUGAAGGCUCACAGGAGCCCUUUCUCUCAGAGGGGACAAGUACCCUUCCCUUAUUUCUUUCAUUUGAGAAAUGUAUGAAGCAACAGUUGCAGUUGACUGAAAUGCUACUGGAAUUUGAAAACUUGACUUUUUCUUUUUUUUCUUUUUUUUUUUUUUUAAAAAAAACGACUUGCCCCUCUUUGGGAAGCUGUGUGCCAAAGAACCAGUGUCAUAACCCCCCCUCCUCCCUCCUGCUGAGCUGACGUUGCAUUGUUGCAUAUCCCAGCUACUCUGUGGGUUUUGUGAAGCUGUGUGUGAAGUCUCUACCUCAUUGUAGUAUAUGCAGGCAAGACUGCACUCUCCUACAGAUGUGUGGAGUAAGCUGUGGUGUAGUUUUUUUGGCACAUAAUAAACACGUUGCAGCAGA